AUGGCUGACGAUGCCCCCGUGUCUGCGCCCGUCGAGGGCGAUCGGCCCGAGCACGCCACUGAGCAACCCACUGACCCCGAGAAGAAGUCCGAGGAUGUGACUGUGUCGGAAGACAAGCCUGCCGACACUGAAGCUGCGACCGACAAGAAGACGGACGCUGAAGCUGAGGCUGAUAAGCCAGCUUCCUCUGAUGAGGUUUCAGAGGCCAAGGUUGAUGGCGAAACCGCCAAAGAUGCACCUGCCGAUGCAGAGGCCGCUGCGCCCGCGGAGGCCAACGGAACCGCUGCCUCAGCGAAGAAGUCUUCCAAGAACCGCCGCACCUCCACCGGUGCCACCCAGAAGCUAAGCCGCAAGAAGUCCCAAAGUCGCAUCACCCAUCUGGACGCUAAGCCAGGCCAAACUUAUCUUGCGCGCCUUCGCAGCUAUGCGCCCUGGCCUGCCAUCAUCUGUGACGAGGGCAUUCUGCCUCCUAGCCUGCUAGAAAGUCGCCCUGUUACCGCCAAGCAAAAGGAUGGAUCUUACAAGGGCGAGUAUGGUGACGAUGGCAGACGCGCCCAUGAGCGUACCUUCCCCGUCAUGUUCUUCGAAACCAAUGAAUUCGCCUGGGUUCCCAAUACCAACCUGACCCCUCUCGACCCUGCCGAGUGCAAAAAUAUCUCUGAGAAGAAUAAAACCAAAUCCCUCGUCAAUGCUUACAAGGUUGCAUCCGAGGGUCACAACCUUCAGUAUUUCAAAAAGCUCCUGAACGACCACCAGGCAGCUCUUGACCAGGAAGAGGCUGAAUUUGAAGCCCAGGAGGCAGAGAAGGUAGCUGCCAAGGCCGCAAAGGAGGGCAAGAAGGGCAAGCGCAAGAGUAAGGGCGCCGAGACUGAUGUUGAAAUGGAGGAUUUGGAUGACUCCAAGAAGUCCAAGGCUCCUUCCAAGAAGCGCAAGAAGGAUGUCGAGACCGAUGCUGAAGCGGAAAAGCCCGCUAAGACUCCCAAGUCUAAUACAAAGCUGAAGUUGACCACUCCCAAGGCUCCCGCCGAGGACACUGGAAAGAAGACUCCUGCCAGCAAGACCAAGAAGGCACCUGUCAAGAAGGGCAAGGCGGCUCCCGCUGUCAGCGACGAAGGAGACAGCGCCGAUGCCAAAGAAUCCGAGAAACCCAUUGACCCAGAGGAGUUGAGAAAGAAGAAGGAGAAAGAGAUUUUGUUCCUCCGUCACAAACUCCAGAAAGGCUUCAUCUCCCGCGACCAACCCCCUAAGGAAGAUGAAAUGGCUAACAUGGCCAGCUACUUUGACAAGUUGGAGAAGCAUUCGGACUUGGAGGUGUCGAUCAUCCGUUCCACCAAGAUCAACAAAGUCCUGAAAAUGAUUGUCAAGCUCAACUCCAUUCCCCGUGAUGAGGAGUUUAACUUCCGUCACCGUGCCAUGAGCAUUUUGUCUAGCUGGAAGAACAUCUUAGACGCGGACACUCCCGGCCUGGCGGACAAGGAUGAGAAGCCAGCCGUCAACGGAUCCAAGGAGGAGGAUGGCGUUGAAACCCCCAAGCUGGAGACAGAAGAGGAAAAGGAGCCCGAGUCCAAGUCAACUAAGGAUGAUGAUUCCCCAAUGCCCGAUGCGGAUGAAAAGGUCCCUGAGCCUGAGGAGAAGGCAGUUGAGGAGCCCACGGAGAAGUCCGAAGAGAAGUCCGCCGAGGCUACUGCUCAACUGGUCUAG